AUGGAUGCUCCGCUGAAGCUUUUCCACCUCCUCCUCCUGCUCUCUCUUUCCUCCAUCCUCUCCACUCCAAGCGCAUCCUCCACCGCCGCCUUCGUUACAGACACUUCUGCCCUCGCCUCGUCUCCAUCCUCCUCAACCGGCGGCCAUUCGUCGCUGCCGACUCCUCCGCCGCCGCCAGAGGCCAUCGCCUCCGCUUUCCCCGAUCUUCGAUUCGACGUCGUCCGUCUCCAGCAUCCCGAUCCCAACCUCAUCGGAGCCUUCAACUUCACCAACACCUCUGUGAUUCUUGCAAUUCCAAACGGCCUUAUCGCUCCGAUGGCUUCCAGUCGCACUCUGGCCGUCGAGUGGCUCCGCGUCCACGUCCUCCCUUUCUAUCCGCGCUCCAAGAUCGCAGUGAUCUCCGUCGGCGAAGACGCGGUCGCCGUCUCUCAGAUCUCGUUCCUGCUGCCUGCCAUACGCAACGUCCACGUCGCGCUCAGAGACGACAUCGGAAUCAGGUCGAUCUCCGUCUCCACGACCUUUUCCUUCAUCAACAUCGUGAUGGCGGUGUGUCCUCCUUCGGCGGCCACUUUCCAGGAGCCGAUCGGCGGGGCGGUGAUCCGGCCACUGCUGAAGUUCUUGGAAGACACCAAUUCUUCCUUCUUGGUGAAUCUGUACCCGCACAACAUGUACAGAUUGCGCUCUCAGAUCUCGCCCGGAUUUGCUCUGUUUCAUGAAGGCGCUUCCAAUUUCCGCGACGAUUUCGCCACUGGAGUCCGGAACGGAAAUCUGUUCAAUGUGAUGGUGGAUGCUGUCCUCACAUCCUUGGAGGUCAUCGGCCACGGGAACAUCCCCUUGAUCGUCUUCGUCGACGAGACGGUCUGGCCAAGCUCAGCAGUAGACAGCACCGCCGAGUCCAACGCUAAUCCGUCGUACGCUGAGUCGUACUUGAAGUCGCAGUUGACCACCGGCGAGGGAUCGCCGCUGAGAAAAGGAGUAGCCCGGCCUACGUCUACGAGCUGUUUGAAGCCGAUCCUAAGCAGCAGCUGCAGCAGGGAGCGGACAAUUGGGGCAUUCAAUACCCAGAAACGAGUAAGACGUAUCAGCACUUUGACACUUCCAUUGCAACUAAGAAUUGCCCUGUUGCUUUGA